AUGUCAAAUACAGAGUUAAAUACUCUUUUUGAAUCCUUAUUAAGAGAAGAUUCAUAUGCUGGUUGUGAAGAUGCAGAAAAAUUCAAGAAAUGGAUCCCCAAGAUUGAAAAAUAUAGACAAGAUUUAGAAAAUUCAAUACCUAAUUCUUUAAAAGUUGAACUUCCAAAACCUAGAGAAGAAUUAAUUAAAGAACAAUUUAAUUCAAUUAAUUAUCUUUAUAAACAUGAAUUGCUCACACCAAGUGAGUUUAAAAUUACAGAUACGGAGGGUUCAGAAUUAGUUUUUCAAAUGUCAAAGGGUCAUAUAUCUGCCAGCGAUGUAUUUAGCGCAUUUGCUAAACGUGCAGUAAUUGCUCAUCAAUUUUCAAAUUGUGCUGUUGAAUUCUUUCUUGAUGAUGGAUUUCAUCGUGCCCGUGAAUUAGAUGAUUAUUAUGAAAAACAUGGAAAGAUAGUUGGACCAUUACAUGGUUUGCCAAUAUCUUUAAAAGAACAUUUAGCAAUGAAGGGUAAAAUUGGACAUGUUGGUAUUGUAUCAUUAUUAGAUAAUAUUACACCAGAAGAUGCAGUCACAGUAAAAGUUUUACAAAAUUUAGGAGCUGUUUUUUAUGUUAGAACGAAUGAACCACAAUCUUUACUUCAUUUAGAUUCCAAAAAUAACAUAACUGGACUAACUAAAUGUCCAUUCAAUUUAUUAUUAUCAUCUGGUGGUUCCUCUUCUGGUGAAGGUGCAAUUUGUGCUUUUGGUGGGUCCGUAAUUGGUAUUGGAUCAGAUAUUGGUGGAUCUAUUCGUUCACCAGCUGCAUUUUCAGGUUGUUGUGGUUUAAGACCUACAAGUAGACGAAUUUCAGGUAGAGGAGUAGUUGGAGAUGGAAAUGGUCAAGAAUCAGUGGUUGGUGUAAUUGGACCAUUAGCUAGAAGAAUUUCAGAUAUUGAAUUAUUUAUGAAAAGUUAUAUAAAUGAUGGGAAACCAUGGGAUCUUGAUCCAUGGUCAUUACGUAUUCCAUGGACGGAAGUUAAACCACCAACACUCUCAAGUUUGAAAAUUGCGGUAGUUAGAGAUGAUGGAGUAGUUAGAGUCUCGCCACCAAUUAGAAGAGGUUUAAAUACAAUCGUUCAAAAGUUGAAACAAGGAGGAGCUGAAAUUGUUGAAUUUACUCCUUUUAAAGGAAGAUUAGCUUAUGAUGUUGCAUGUAAAUUAUCAAAUGCAGAUGGGAAUAAAGAAUUACAUGCUGCAUUCAAAGCGAGUGGUGAACCAUUACCUAGGAUAACUAAAUGGUAUUUGAAUCUUGGGGAGGGAAGUAGAGAGUUAUCAGUUAGUGAGAAUAGAGAAUUGAAUUCAAUUAGAGAUAAUUUAAGAUAUGAAUAUAGUGAUUAUAUGGUGGAAAAUAAAAUUGAUAUUAUUUUAGGACCUGCUUAUAAUAAUGUUGCUCCUCAUUCAGAAGAAGUUUACAAUGAAUCAUAUACUUUAUUAUAUAAUUUAUUAGAUUUUCCAUCUUUGGUUUUCCAAACUGGUUUAUUUCAAGAUCCAGAAAUUGACAAAUGGACAAAUGAAGAUUUGAAAUAUGAAUAUAGAUCUAAAUUAGAAGAAUUGGAGAAUAGAGGAUAUAAACCCGAUGAAUUUAAAGGUGCUCCUAUUGCUUUACAAUUAAGUGGAAGGAGAUAUUUCGAUGAGGAAGUGGUUGCCAUUGGAAAAUCAAUAGUUGAUUAUUUAGGUGUAGAUUUAUUAAAAUGA